CUUAGUAUCCUCCCACCAAUCAAACCCGCCCACUUACCGCCCGCCGGCUCUCCCCUCCCCUCCCCUCCCCUCCGUCGCAUUCAAUUCUCUCUGCCAUUCAUGCAUCUCCCCUUCCACCAACAAGCACAACGCCCAUAACACUCUCUACUACUAGCUCCAACCCCCUCCUCCCAAUCACACAGCGAAAGAAGAAGAGAGAACCAGCAAAAUGCCCCACACCUCGCGCAAAAAACACCCUCACCCCAACAACACCUUACAAGCGCAAAAACGACUCCAAAUCACCGACGCCACUACCGGCUGGACGCAUGUCACCACCAGCGGCAAAGCGCGCCGCUGUGCGCGCACCACCAAAGACCAACAAUCACAAUCCCAAUUCCAAUCACCAACAACAAAAGAAGAAAAAGAAAAAGAAACAGAAACAUUCCACCCCGCCGAAGCCCCACCCACCACCACCCUCGACUCCCUCAAAUCGCAAUUCACUCAGAUCCAACGCACAUGGAAAGAAUCAACUACGUGCGAUGUGGUGAAGAGGACGCUUCACAAUAUCCUCCUUCCUCCUCAAUUACAAUCACGAGAGUCAAAUACGGAUAAUACACAACAAUCGCAUACUACAACAUGGAAUAAGCAUAAUGGAAUAGGAACAGGGAUUGAUCGACGAUUAGUUUCGCUGUAUCAGUUGGCUGCGUUGGUGCAUGUCAUCGCCUCUAUCUCUUCCUCUUCUUCUGCUCAUCCAACAAUAAAAACCUACGCUCAAGACCCUGUCUUCAAUACCCUCGACACGGCCCUCCUCUCUAGCCUUGACAUCACCGUCCUCGAGUCCCCGCAUGCCUUCGAGAAAGUAACUCCCCGUACGUUCCUCUUCUGUCCUGGUGCGGAGCGCACACAUCUUGAGCAGUUAUUGGCGCUGGAUCCGGCGUUUGUGUUUGGGGGACCGCUGGAAGAUGUCGAGUCAGAGGUGGUGAGUGCGUUUGUGAAGAGAAGGGGGUCGGUACGGUUGCCGCUGUUUGAGGCGCAGGAACAUGCGUUCUGGAACAUGCGAGUUUAUUAUCCGUUGGAGAAGGAGGGGGAGGAGUAGUAUGCUAAGGUAUCAUGAUCUUAGAUGUGGAUGGCUAUCCAUUACCAGAGAGAAUGAUGGGUGACCAGUAUGAUGAUAACCAUCUACUGGCUACACGCCUACGCUACGCCCCUUAUACCGAAUCGGCAUGCAUGCAACAAGGGUCGUAUUGUCAGCCCUAAGUGGAUCACACGCUCACGCUAUAUACAAACACGCCAAAUAGCACUUCGCGUAGAAUGGCGUCGUGACACUCGUCAGAAUGCCGCGCAAAUGAACGACGGCAGCCGACCCAUGCACCAGGUCAAUAGAAUACAGUCCCAGGACAAAGCUUUAAC